AUGCAGCCUCCCUCUCUAAACCUGGCUACUUCUUCUUCUUUAGCUCUUCUUCUAUCUCUACUUGCUUGCCUCACCUGCCUCACCUCUCAAAUCACUCAAAAAGCCAUUGCAUCACCUACCAAUUCCAAGGUGCCGGCGGUACUAGUCUUCGGAGAUUCGAUUGUGGAUACUGGCAAUAACAACUAUUUUCCUUCAGUGGCUAAGUGCAAUUUUCCUCCUUAUGGAAGAGAUUUCAUGGGAGGAAUCCCAACUGGUAGGUUCAGCAAUGGAAAGGUCCCCUCUGACCUGAUAGUUGAAGGAUUGGGGAUUAAGGAGCUGUUGCCACCAUAUUUGGACCCAACUCUCACCCUGCAAGACCUCCUUACGGGCGUAAACUUUGCCUCAGGUGGUGGAGGUUAUGAUCCUCUCACAUCCAAUUUAGCGGAGGCCUUGUCAUUAAGGGUGCAGUUAAAGCUGUUUGAAGAGUAUCUAGAGAAGGUGAAGAGUGGGAUUGGUGAGGAGAGAAGCAAGGAGAUUGUAUCAGAAAGCCUAUAUGUGGUGUGUACAGGGACCAAUGACAUUUCAACUACUUACUUCCCUACUCCUUUUAGGAAACUGCACUAUGACAUUGCCUCUUACACUGAUCUCAUGCUUCAAUUUGCUUCUACUUUCAUUCAGGGUAUUAUUCUGAGAAAGUAUCUUCUCAAUAUGAGAGAGGCAGGGCAGAAGGAAAUUGUGGAGCAGAGUUAA